GUAACCUUCCGUGUAUUUUUGUCAUCAUGACACCGCGCACUUCAGACUCAAAAUUGUAAUUAAAUAACUUCUUCAGCAAUUAUUGAUUAAUGUUUCAAUUAUUUGAAGUUGAAAUCAUUGUCAAAUGAGUGUACAUGAAACAUUCCAAGAAACAUAAUGAUUUCGACCAGUAUUCAGCAACAUAGGAAUUGUUCUGAUAGUUUUUUGUCUGUUUUAGAUCUUGAAAAGAAUUUGACAGAGCGACUGCAAGGACUGGAUGCAGAGACCUGUAGGAAGAAAAUCAAAGUCAUCGGUAUAGAUGUGGAGUUAUCGCUAGGCGGACCAACAGAAGAAUGGAUCCGCCUGAUGGAGAGGACACUGAAUGAUGUUUUUAAUGCAGCAUAUAAAAAAUCUGGAGGACAAUUUGAAAACAUCAAGAAAGGGGUAGAGAAAUUACUUGAAGAUAUCAACCAAAACACAACAAUCAGUUUCAAAGGCUCAAAAACGAUGUGCAUCAUUCUUAUGUUUGAAUGCUCUACAUACUCUGGGCUUUUGGAUUUGCUCCAAUAUCUAACGAGUCAAAAAUAUCACCGUCGGCUUGGUGUUUUAGCAGAAACAUUGUCGACACAUUUUAAUGUUGAUAUUCCAGUAAUGGCUACUUCAAAAAUCUUACCUGCAUCCUUGCAAAAUGCGUUAGAUAAUUUAGCAGAGUGUGAACAGAAAAAACAGAAUGCUGAAAAUUGUCACAGUCAUCAUGGUGAUGAAUAUAAGAAGUCAUUAAAGCUGGGGAUAGAAUGUUCAUCUGUAGAAGACUUGGUAUAUACUUGGAAAAUGUUUCAACAGGGUGGCGCUGCGCACUAUCUGGACAAUAUAGCUGAUACGCUUUCUGAAUAUUCUGGAAAGAAAAUAACGUUGUCAUCAUCUUUAAAUAUGGAGGAAUUCAAAACAGCUCUUGAAGAUAUAGAUACAAACCAAGCAGAAAGAGAUGAAUAUAUUCGACAAAAAGAACCAUUUCAAAAUUUAUCGGAUCUGUUCAGUACCUACCCAAUUCUGGUGUCUAAAUUUGUUAUGAUUGUGGAGUCCGACUCAGACUUGCGGGAAAAACGUUAUUCAGAUCCAGAAGCUGUAGAUAAUGAUAAUGUUUUCUACUGA